ACGCGAAGUGAAAGGGGUCAAGUUCGAAAAAAGUGCAACGAAGCUAAAUAUAUAUAUUUAUUUAUACAAAUUGCAGCCUAGCAACAGGUCGGCUUUAUCUGUAUCUGUGGGUGUGUCCAGUGGCAAAGGAAAUUAAAUCGCCUCAGUUUUUCUAUCAUACCACAUAUGUACAUACAUAAGUGUUUUUUGGAUAUAGCAAUUCUGUGUUGAUAAAAGUUUUUCCAUAAUGCUGCGAAGAUCUUUAGGAUCUAUUGCAAAUGUAGUUUCCCGGAAUUAUUCCGGCAAGUCAUUCUCCAGCAACAUGGCUCAAAUCAUCGAUGGCAAAAGCAUCGCCGCGGACAUCCGCCGCCAGCUGGGCAGCGAGCUGAAGGAGUUAGUGGCCGCUGGCCAUCCGGUGCCCCAUCUCACGGCCGUGAUUGUGGGCAAGGAUCCGGCCAGCGAGAAGUACGUGCAGAAUAAGAUGACCGCCUGCCGUGAGGUGGGAAUCUCCAGUGAGACAAAGGUGCUGCCCGAGUCCACCACGCAGGAGGAGCUCCUCCAGGUGAUUGCCGAGCUGAACCAGGAUCAGCGUGUUACGGGUGUGCUGGUGCAACUGCCAGUGCCGGAGCACAUCGACGAACGCACCAUCUGCAAUGCAGUGGACGUGAACAAGGAUGUGGAUGGCUUCAACGAGCUGAAUAUCGGCAGAUUGGCCCUGGACAUGGAUGGCAUUGUUCCGGCCACACCAUUGGGCGUCAAGCGAUUGCUGGAGCACCUCAACAUCGAAACCCAUGGACGCAAUGCCGUGGUGGUUGGUCGCUCCAAGAACGUCAGCCUGCCGAUGGCCAUCCUGCUGCACGCGGAUGGAAAGUAUGCCACCCAGGCUCUGGACGCCACGGUGACCAUCUGCCACAGGUACACGCCGCCCAAGGAGCUGGCUCGCUACUGCCGCCAGGCCGACAUCAUUGUGGUGGCCGUGGGCAAGCCCGGUCUAAUCACCAAGGACAUGGUCAAGCCCGGAGCCUGUGUCAUCGACGUGGGCAUCAAUCGCAUCAAGGACGAGAAGACCGGCAAAUUCAAGUUGGUCGGAGAUGUCGAUUUCGAAGAAGUACGCCAGGUCGCAGGACACAUCACACCAGUGCCUGGCGGCGUUGGUCCAAUGACGGUGGCCAUGCUGAUGCACAACACCCUGAAGGCGGCAAAGAACCAGUUCUGCGAACGCACGUCCUCCUGAAGAUCCUAUGGACCAAUCUUCGCUGGCCGAGAAAUAGUAUUUUUUAUUUAAACCGCUAACCUAUAGAGUAGUUCUACUGACCAAACGCUUAACAUAACGAUUGUACGCUACACAUACAAUUAUUUUGCAAUAUAAACAAAUGGAAUCUAA